AUGGACCAGUUUACCAACGCAGCCAUUGACCUUCGAUACGAGACUAUCAUCGGGGCCGGCAUCAACCUCUAUUUUACCGACGUCGACGACCACUCCCGGUCAAAGGUCAUUCACUGGGAUGUCAACGCAACACAAUGGUUUCGGCAAUCAAGCCGAACGAGCGAAGAGAUUAUCCCGGGAACAGAUCAGAGCAGGCAAUCAGGGGGAACGCGGAGGUAG